AGCAGAUCUGUGUGCAGAGCUUUUCACCUUUUCCCCACCGCCCGCAAUCGCGGUUCCUCCAAAAAAAAUUCCCCCCAUUUUUUCCAUCACUUCCGCGCUUUAAUUUCAUUCGACUCCAUCUCCUCCAUAAAAAGCCAACUCGAAAACGGGAGCGCGAAACCAAAUUGGACCCAAAGCUCCCCGCCCCGCCCGCGCGACCACCACGAUCUGAGGCACUCUUCGGUUCUUCGCCGCCGCCGCCGCCGUCGCGUGACUGCCCGGCCUCACAGCCGAGCUCCUUUGCCUGGAGUCCCAGACUACCCGCGGCGGAAGUUCGCACUCGGUUGCAUCAGAGGUACAAUGCCUCUCUUCAUGAAGAAACCUUUCUCCUUACUAGAGCCCCCUAAGGACUUGGAUCCUAAGGAGAAGGUUUUCCAAAUUCGGUUCACCAAGGAGAUAUUCCUAGAUUACCAAGAAUAUGUAAAGAGGUUAAACUUGUAUCGCCAAAGAGUUUGGACAUGUAAAGCGUCUGGGAAAUCCAAUUUGACUUUUGAAGAAGCUUUAGUGUCUGAGCACAAUGCGAUGAAAAAGGCUCAAAACUUGCCAAAAGAGCUGAUGGCUCAUGUUCUCCGGAUGACUCAACACAGCACACUUGGCUUGCAGGCGCUUGUCGACAAGAUAUAUGCUACUCUACAGGAAGAUAUGUUACAUGCUAAAAAGGAUGGUUUCGAGGCUGCCUGCAAUACUACGAAGACUACAGAUUCUGGUGACACAAAGAUGUAUACUGCGAUCGACACAUCAGUAGUCAAAGCUAUAGAUUUGGUGCGCCGCAGAGCACCUGUUAGUAGGAAUACACUGAAGCUUCUUAUUGGGGAUUCAACAUCACAAAGUACCCCAUGGAUUAUACAUGAACAUCUUGCCAAAGAAUAUGGCAUACCCAUGGACCCCCCUAAUGACCUGAUGUACGGGGAAGGUUUGCAAAGGAAGGGGAGGAAAAUACAUGAGUGUGGAACCACAGAUGAUGCGAGAAAAAAGUUCAAGAUAGGUGAUGAACUUGCAUGUGUGCCAAUUAAGUACCCAAUAGACGAUCUCUUAUUAAGCCCUGCAGUAGAUGACCCUGCUUUGUUGAAGAGGCCUCCUCUUGCUACAGAUUUUGGAAUACCAAGAAAUUCUGUGGGAGAUCUACUUAUGGUAUGGGACUUCUGCUUGUCUUUUGGGAGGGUUCUGAAUCUGUCUCCGUUUUCACUAGCAGAUCUGGAGAAUGCAAUUUGCCACAAAGAAAGCAAUGCUCUUCUUGUGGAAAUACAUUCAGCAAUGUUCCAUUUGCUUAUUAAGGAUGAAGGUGAUUAUUUCAUGGCUCUGAAGAACAAUAAACGGAAGUUAAAGUUAAGUUUAGAAACAUGGGCUGAAUAUCUCUGUGAUUUCUUGGAAAUGGCAAAGAUUGAAGAACUCUCCAGCAACAUUGCGACUGUCAGAAGGGGUUACUAUGGUCAUAUUGAUGCUGAUAUGAAGCUUAAGAUUCUCCGGGAACUAGUAGAAGAAGCUAUUACAACUUCUGCUAUAAGAGAGGAACUAAUUGAGCGGGUGGACCAACAACAAGCUCUUGUUGCAACAAAAAGAGAGAACACCAGAAAGGAGAAAGAAAAGAAAAAAUCAAACAUUGAAGUUGAUAUGAGAAGUGAUGCUGUACAAGAUGGCAUCGGGAGUGUUGAUAAACAGGGUAAGGGAAAAGAAGAAACAUAUACAAGAAAUAUUUCCACAAGCAAGACAGGGAAAUCGCAUCUGGUUCGACACCUUGAAACAGAGAGGACAAAAUUAUCCAUCCGUGCCAGCCCUCUUGGAAGUGACAGGCACUACAAUAGAUAUUGGUUUUUCAAGCGUGAAGGAAGGCUUUUUGUUGAAAAUGCAGACUCCAGAGAAUGGGGAUACUACAGCAGCAAGGAAGAGCUUGAUGUGCUCAUGGGCUCACUGAAUGUAAAAGGUAUAAGGGAGAGAGCUCUCAAACGGCAACUGGAGAAUUUCUACAAUACUAUAAGUAAUGCUUUGGAGAAACGACUGAAGGAUAUCACGCACAAAACAUUACUUGAUGAGGCUGUGCUGCGCCGCUCCACGCGCGUUCGGGCUCAGCCAAGGGACAGCCCUUCCAUGGCAUUCCUCAAGUAUGUCAACAAAUGGAAGGCGAACUGAGUUACCGAAUGGCAUGGCUUAGUGUCGGGAGUUUAUGGACGCUUUUGUGAGGUGUUCUCAGAUUCGCCCUUCGUGGAGGCUGGAGCCAUCCUCAGAAGCCACUUGGGGAUCUUGGCAUGCACAAGUGGAAGCGAGAGUGCCCCCUAGACUCUAGUGCCUGAGGGAUCGUAACGAAUAUAUAUGUGAUGUGUGUUAAUCUUAUGUGUCGUCAAAACAUGCCCCCUAGACUCUAGGCGUAAUAGUAUUUCAAAAUCAGAAACGAAUGCUGUAGUCAGUUCAAUAUUUUCCAUUUCUUGAACGAAAGAAGUUGACAGUCUGUCCUUGGGGAAGUUUUUUUGUUUGGCGAAUUGUCCUUGGGGAGUUAGCCCUUCAAGGGCAAACUUGUAUUUUUACUCAGAUGCCCAAGUCUGCUCUUUCUGCGAGUCA